AGUAGGUAAAUCAAUAAAAAUUACUCCAACCGAAUAAAAAUGACUGCGCUCCGCGACCUUACGUUAAUAUCCGACCAUUUAGUAAAUACACACAGUUGCGAAUAAACGCGAGGUGUGUUUAUGUGUCUUCAAUAUGUCAGGGUAUUUGUUAAUCAGGUCGGAUGAUGUCAUUUGGUUGAAACUGCUUAUUUUAAAUGUGACGUAGUGUAUCACCUAUUUCCACAUUCGAUACCGAACGAGGAGUACGCUAGAGUUGGAUUGGAUUAUUGUGUAGUGCAAUGGCUUACUACCCCCACAGAACCGCCGGUCCCACACCUCCUCCACCGUUGACUGACAAGCUGCGACUAUACCAUGUGGAUAUGAAUCCGUAUGGUCACAGAGUGCUGUUGAUUCUGGAGGCGAAGAGGGCUAAGUACGAGGUCUACCGACUGGAUCCCCUAAACUUACCGCAGUGGUUCAAGACUAAGAAUCCUAGACUGAAAAUACCAGUACUGGAAAUACCAACCGACCAAGGAGAUAAAUACCUGUUCGAGAGCGUCGUCAUCUGUGACUAUUUGGACGAGAAGUAUCCACGGAACCCGCUGCAUUCCAGAGAUCCGUACGUCAAGGCCCAGGACAGGUUACUCAUUGAGAGGUUCAAUGAACUAAUAAAAGGCAGUUUAGAAUGUUUCGACACAAACUUCGCGUUCGGCGGCGAGCAAAUAUUUCAGACUCUGGACAUAUUUGAGAAGGAAUUAGCAUCGAGAGGUACGAAUUAUUUCGGUGGUCAUUCACCCGGGAUGUUGGACUACAUGAUCUGGCCGUGGGUGGAGAGGCUUUAUCUCCUGAGAUGCGUCAACGAGAGGAAAUUCGACGAGAAACGAACGCUGUUCCCUAAUUUCGCGGACUGGGGCGACCAGAUGCAGUUGGAUGACGUGGUUAAAAGGCAUUCCAACUCACCGUCAGAGUACUUCGCGUACUACAGAAACGCACGGACUCACUCCAUGGGGUACUACUUAUAAGUUAACAAGUACUAAGGUAUUUUAUAUUAUAUUAUAUGAAAUCAUGUUCGUUAGUCUCAGGUUGGUUGCACUUUAUGUAUCAAACAACAAACAUAAAUAGGAAAUUGUUUAUCACUUGGUGUAAUUAAUUAUUUUCCAACAGAGCUAUAUAUACAUGGUGUUUUUUUUUCACUUCGAUCUUAGUAUAAUUUUCCAACAAAGCUAUAUUAUACAUGGUGUUUCUGGUAUGAUAAACUGUACUCUAAGAAAUACCAAAAAUUUAAGUGUUAAAUUCACAAUUUUUUUUUAAUUAAUUUUGAGGUCUUUCUUAUAUCUAAGGAAUGUACGAUUAAUGAGGGAUGUAACCGAGCUCAGGCAAGGUAUUAAGUUAUAAUAGGCCUUAUUAUUCAGUAAAACUUAAUUUUCAUGUUGUAUAUUUGAAAUCAUUUAAGUACAUGUUUAUAUAUUUUCCAUACUAAGGUAAUAUUUUCUCAAGGAAUCAUAAAUUUUUCAUAUAAAUGUUUAUCCGUUGUAAAUAAUACAUGUUGUGAGUAAAGUGGAUAGGAAACGUUUCAUGCUAGCAUUGGAUCAAAUAGCUUUGAUAUUAAAUGUAAAGUUAAGAAGUGUUAUUAAAUUUUACAUACGUAUGAAUUUUCAUUAAACGAAGUAAGGCUUUCAGUUUCUGCAUUUUAAAAUCUCAUUAUAUUUCUUCUCGUAAGUGUUGUUAUAUAUUUUUCUAUUUUAAAAAUGGAACUCGAGACCUUCGCUUUUUAAAUAUUUAAGUUGUUUUUUUUUUA